AUGAACACCGCUACUCGUCGAGCACGAAAUAAACGUCCAAGGCCGAUAGACGUUAUUGAAGAUGAGGAAGAAGGCAACAGCACAGGUAAGCUACUGUACAAAAGCCAUAUAUGUUGCUUGGAACAUGUAUUUGUUUACUUGUUUUGUCCUGCAAAAUACGGUGAUGAACUGAUCACAAACAUAAAUGUAGCUAGUUAGCUAGUUGCACUGUUAUUUAUUGUUUUUAUUCUAUGGAGCACCCCAACCUCAGCUUUUCACAGUGCAAUGUACUUGUACAUAAAUCUUGUGAGAAUAAACAUCUUGAAUCUUGAAGCGUUAGCCUUGCUAUCGCUCAGGUUAGUGGAGCAGGGUUCAAAACCAACGGCACUACAUCGUCCAGGGCUUGCAGGGGCCGAAUUAGAAUUAGGCCGAAUUUUCAAUAGGUCCCCCGCUAGAUGAUAAUUUUGAACUAAAUGGGACCCUUGUGGGUGUGUAACUCUGAGAGUAUACAAAAGGAACCAAAUGGACCCGGUAGUGUCCAUUAUUUUUACACUCUAAAUUAAUCAACAAUAACUUUAGCCUCUCAAAAAGGGACAUAUCUUUUCAAAUAUGGCUCUGCAGGCUAAUAUGUGUGAGUUUGGAGGUGUUGACAGGAAAACGUUUAAGAACCACUGGCUUAUACUGAUUGAAGCCGACCCAUGUUUAGCCCAGGGACCAACAAAUGUGUAUUUGGGACAAAUGUGCCUUAUCCACAAUGAGUUCAUUGAAAAAGGCUUCAAAGCUCCCCAGACCUAUUUGGAAUGAAUUAUUUUAGCCUUCAUAGAGCAUAAUAGUGGGCGGGGUUUGCUGGUUCCACUAAAACGAGCCCCAUUCAUUUUCACCACAAGCUUUUACAAAAAUAUUUAUAACAAUUAUUUUUAACUUAGAACCAAGCCAUCCAGCUUUCCAGUGAAUCAUGACCAUGAAACCUUUGAUUCUGUGAAAAGAAAAAAAGAAACGCUAAACAAAGGAUAUUUAUGAAAUGAAGUAUAUCAAAUAAUUAAAUAUUCAAAUAUUUCUUUUCACAGAACCAAAGGUUUCAUGGUCAUGAUUGACUGGAAUCCUGGAUGGCUUGGUUCUAGGUUUAAAAUAAUUGUUAUAAAUACUUUGUAAAAGCCUAUGGUGAAAAUGAAUGGGGCUUAUUUUAGUGGAACCAGUAAACCCUGCCCACUAUUAUGCUCUAUUGGAGUCUCUGUGCCACAGACCAGUAUGGUGGCAAAUAUGGUUUACAGCACUGUUUCCUAGACAGUGGGUCGGGACCCAUUGGUGGGUCAGACAUAUGUGGUGAUCAUGUUCUUUUCCAACAUUUAUCAAUCUAUAUCUUUCCAGAUUUGACGAAAAUAAUACAUUUAAAAAACAAACAAAUCUUAAAAAAGAAAAAAACGCAAAUAUUAAAUAUGUAUUAAGAAGCAGUGAAAAUAGCCAAUCUACAAGCUCUCAACAUGGUGUGUACUGAUUGAUGCGAAGGGUUAUGUCACAUUAGGUCCAAUUGAAACAUUCAACUUGUGCUUAUGCCAUUACUCAGUGUUAUAGCUGGCAAACACAACAUUAGUAACAAGCACUUUUGGUUAACUAAUCACCAUUUGUCAUCUCUGUUUCAGGAAACCCUGUGUCCCAGUCGCCCACUGCUGAGCUGGCAGCAAAGAGGAUGCGCACACAGCUAGAGAAGGCCAAGAAUAAUGAAGCUUCUCAAGCUAAAGUGAUUGAGAAGUUAACGAAAGAGAAGGAAGACCUUCUGGCUGAAGUGGCCAAAUGUAAGUACUCCACUUGUAUUCAAUUACAUUAGACAGGACAACGAUCCACUCGUCCUUGACUCUUUGCCCUGUUACACCCCAAACUGUGGAACAAACUCCCAGUUGCACUUAGAACUACAGACUCAAUGGUUAGUUAAUUUUGCAAACUUCAAAUAGGCUAUUUGCAGUUCUGUUCUACUGUAGCCUAGAGUUAUUAGUUUUAAGAACCUUGUUAACCAGUAAAAUCACUCUCAGCCCCACUGCUCCUUUUUGUAGUUUGUGAUGUGAUAUAGGCCUUGCUACAUGCUCAGUGUUUGUUCUGUUGUAUUCCCUAAGAUGCCCCUCUCUAUUGUGUCUAAUGCGUUAUUUGUCUUUGUAUCUAUUGUUUUGCUUUCUUAGAUAAGAAAAAAAGUACCAAGGCAAAUGAAGAAGAGUAUGCAUCCAGUGACUCCCAGAUUUCCACAACCUCCACAUCUUCCUCUUUGUCAUCCUCCUACUCUUCAACCUCAGAGGAGGAGAGAAAGAAGAAAGGGAAGAAGACGAGGAAGAAAGGGAAGACACAGAAACGGCCAAAAAGGAAGAAGGCAAAGUCCAGUAAGGAAAAAGGAAGAUGCAGAGGUAACUGUGCUUUGCAAACAUGACCUUUUUGGUGACCACAACACACACACACCUGCGCUCUUUCCUAAUAACUUGUACUUUUGCUUUAUAGUGUCAACUUAUUUUUAAAUAUAAGAUCUUUCAGUCUUUUGUUAGUUUAAAGGGUACAACCGUAUUACGUAUUUUGGUGUCAAAACGCCUGUUGUAUCAAGAAAAACUACAGAAAUGACAGCAGAGAUCUACAGCUAAAAUCGUAGGUCUGCUAUAUCAAAUUUCAUAAAACGAUUUUUCUCUUUGUAUUUUUCAUUUCAGCAAUGAAUCCUCAGCCGGUGGUUGAGAGGUACAAGAAGGUGCUGGGUCACUUCCAGAAGGGCAAAAAUCUAUCUGAGAGCUACAACGCUGUGGACGUCAACAAAAACACCAUUACAACCAGCGCCUCCAUUCCAGAGCUCGCCAUAUCUGCACCGGAUAAAUAUGCUGACGUUCUGCAGGGCUAUUCUAGGUCGCAGAAGCUGAAUGUAUUUGUGCAGGAAUGUUCAAAGGUCCUCAGUGAGGACCCCGAAUUGAUGGCUAAGGUAGAUAAGCUUAAGGAUGAAGGGAAACUACUCCCGAUCUCAAAGAGAACAUAA